AGAUGUUGAUAUUGUUAUUCUAUCUGAACAAAUGAAAGAGCCUUAUGGUCUGGUUUGGUUUAGUAAAGUCACAAAAGAGUACAGUGACAUGGAAAUAAAUUAUAAUGACUAUGGUUUAGGAUGCUAUAAUGGGAUAUCAUACACAACUACUGUGAAUAAUUUGCUACCCAAUGUAGCUUACACAUUCUGUGUGGUUGUUCAAAAUGAACUAACCACUUCUCCUUUUCAUUGCAAGUCCAUACAUAUGGGUACCAAUCUUAUUGUUUCUUAUAGUUCGUGGCUAACAUUGGAUUCACGUGUAAAGGGCAUUUGUUUGGUGGUUUUUGGUAUUGUGCUCUGCACUUUUCUUGGUAUAUUUGUAGUUAUACUUGUAUUGAAGCGUAAACCGACACUCUUAAAAGGGAGCAAAAGAGUAGCCUCAGCCAAGAAAAACUCUAAAGACAUUAUGGUAUUUCCUAGAGAUGAAUCUGUUGAACAAUUUAAACGCAAGGAGCAAUUAAUUGCCAAACGCAACUCAAAGAGCACCAUAAUUUCUGACAAUCGACGCAAUUCAACGGAUAGUAUGAACAGCAUAGACAGCAAUGACAGUUAUAUGAAUGUUAAUUUGUAUGAGGUUAUACCAGCCUAUAUACGAUUUAAUGAGAACUCCGCAGAAAAAAAUAUGUGUAAUUUUUAUUGUGGAGAAGACAGACCUGAAUUUUAUUUACCACCCCUGGAGCCUUCUAGAGACAAUACGCAUGUAGUAAGUUAUGCCGAAAUACCAUACAGAAGAAAACGUACAUCUAAUGACCCUUUGCCGGAAGUUCCACAAAAUCAAACAUCGCUUUCUUUGUCAUUGAGUUUGUAUGAAGAAACAACAAUUGAUACCGAAAGUAUGUCGCAGGCUUUAAUAAUGGAGGCUCAAGUUUAA